UUUUUAGGUUCCAUUUAUGAAAUGUUUGGAAAUGAAUGCUGUUUGUCAACAGGAGAAGUGAUUAAAAUUACUGGUCUCAAAAUUAAGAAGAUCAUAGCUGAAAUUUGUGAGCACGCUGAGGGUUGUGAGUCUUUACAACCAUUUGAGCUGCCUAUGAAUUUUCCAGGUCUUUUUAAGAUUGUGGCUGAUAAAACUCCAUACCUCACUAUGGAAGAAAUAACAAGGACCAUUCAUAUUGGAUCAAGUAGACUAGGGCAUCCUUGCUUCUAUCAUCAGAAGGAUCUAAAACUGGAGAAUCUCACUGUAAAACAGGGUGAGCAAAUCAUGCUCAACUCAGUUGAAGAGAUCAGUGGAGAAAUAAUGGUGAACUGUGGAGUGGUAAGGAAUCAUCAGAAUCAUUCGUUUACUUUGCCUUUGUCACAAGAAGGAGAAUUCUAUGAGUGUGAAGAUGAACAUAUUUAUACCCUAAAGGAGAUUGUUGAAUGGAAAAUCCCAAAGAACAGAACACGAACCGUGAAGCUUACCGGUUUUUCAAAUAAGUGGGACUUAACAAAUCCAUUCCCUAAAGGCUUUUAUGGUGCUCUGAUUCUCAAGCCUGUUUAUGAAAUUCAAGGUGUGAUGAAAUUCCGAAAGGAUAUAGUCCGCAUCCUCCCCAGUUUAGAUGUUGAAGUCAAAGACAUUACCGACAGUUACGAUGCCAACUGGUUUCUUCAGCUAUUAUCUACACAAGAUCUCUUUGAAAUGACCAGUAAGGAGUUCCCCAUAGUGGCUGAAGUCAUAGAGGCACCUCAAGGAAAGGAGCUUCCCAGAAGCAUUUUACAGCCUGGGAAGACCAUUGUGAUUCACAAAAAGUACCAGGCAUCGAGGAUCUUAGCUUCAGAAAUUCGAAGCAAUUUUCCUAAAAGGCACUUCUUGAUCCCCACUAGCUAUAAAGGCAAAUUCAAGCGGCGACCCCGGGAGUUCCCAACUGCCUAUGACCUUGAGAUAGCAAAGAGUGAAAAGGAGCCUCUCCACGUGGUGGCCACCAAAGCCUUUCAUCCCCCUCAUGAUGAGCUGUCAUCCGUAUCUGUUGGGGACCAGUUUCUAGUGCAUCACUCACAGACAACUGAAGUCCUUUGUGAGGGAAUCAAAAAAGUGGUGAAUGUUCUGGCCUGUGAAAAAAUCCUCAAAAAAUCCUAUGAGGCAACACUGCUCCCUUUGUACAUGGAAGGAGGUUUUGUAGAGGUGAUUCAUGAUAAGAAACAGUACCAGAUUUCUGAGCUCUGUGCGCAGUUCCGCUUGCCCUUCAACGUGAAGGUAUCUGUGAGAGAUCUUUCCAUUGAAGAAGACAUUUUGGCUGCUACACCAGGACUGCGGUUGGAAGAAGCUAUCACAGACUCCUAUCUACUUAUAAGUGACUUUGCCAACCCCAGGGAGUGCUGGGAAAUUCCUGUCAGCCGCUUAAAUAUGACUGUUCAGUUAGUUAAUAGUUUUUCUAGGGACACAGGAUCAGUUCUAGUCAGGACUCUGGUUGAAGAGAUCACCGAAGAACAGUAUUACAUGAUGCGAAGAUAUGAAGCCUCUUUCUCCCACCCCCCACCUCGCCCUCCCAAACAUCCCUCAGUGGAGGAAACAAAGUUAACCCCGCUCACCUUAGCAGAGAACAGGGCUGUGGGUCUGCCUAAGUCUCCCAAGAGUCUCCAUGUAGACAUAUCCAAGAAACUGCACUCAAAUCAAGCUGGCCUGGAUUCAAAAGUACCAGUUGGUUGUCAGAGUGAUUUGGCUGAAUUGGAGAAAGAGAGAAGCAAGAGUGGGGCAACUCAGCUAGUAGCCACCAGUGUAACCACAGGUCGGUGGAGCCGCACGAUACUGGUUUUAAUUGUCUACGUGCCACAUGCCUAA